AUGGCUCUAGGCAAGAAAUCAUCAACUAAAAUGAAUAACAAACAGCUCUCUAAAGGCUCUUUCGGGAGGUAAAACAGCAUAGAUUUUAUAGAGGAUCUGCCAAGGCUUCAGAGUUCUGGGUCUUUGAAGAAGCGUGACUCAAAGAGGUACUCUAAGAACGACCCUGAAGAUCAAGCUCGCCUUUUGGAAUACUAUAAUGAUUUGAAGACUAUUCAAGAAAACAAAGAACUGCCAAGCCGUCAAGUAUAUUUGAGGAGAAUCGGGUUGAAUCUUGUUAAAUGCAGAGAAGACCUAUACAAGUUCCCUAUCCUGCAGUCAAUCGAGGAGACCUCAAAGAUAAUGCUAAUGAAUGAAUUCGAACUCUUGUAUUGGUACGAUUUAAUGCGCACUUACCUCAAUAAUUUGAAAAUCGCUAAGUUUACCCAGGAAUCAGUCCGACUCUUCUUCUUUUUAAGCGCCAUGUUUGUCAAGCGAUUCCUCUAUUAACAGUAAAUGCAAUAUGCCUUUCCAGAGGAGAAUAUGAAUCGAUUCAAAUACCAAAUUGAAAGCGUAGAAGCCUAUAUUAAAGCUUACCAUUACUCUAAUUUUGACUCUGUUUACAAAUAAUUCGAUAGGCAAGAGAUGAUUUUGCUCGAUCCUCAAUUCAGAGAAUCAGGAGCGGAAUAAAUUAAGACCUAAAUGAAUCACAGCUAUGAAAGUUUCAGCUAUCUAUCAAAUAUAUCAACCAGAAGAAUCUAAGAGUUGUUUAAUGAGCUAAGAUAGCCAUUUGAGACUGAUAAUAAAAUAAAUAUAAUCGAUUAUAACUGGCACGUAGAUGGUAUUCUUAAAAAUUCCUAGUCCUAUAACAAAGAGAAUGCUGACAAAAAGGAGAAUCCAACAGCUAAAAAGAUAACACACGAGGAUCAACUGUAGAUACAAGUCAAGAAUAGCUUAUAAAACUAAGGAGUCUAGAUAAGGCCUAGUCAACAGAAUCUACUGCCUGGUAGUAACCCUCCCUAACAACUAAACAAUCCAUAAUUGAUCAAAAGAAGGUCAAAUAGAGAUAAAAAUUUUCAUAAUAACAUCAGUGCCACAUCAAGUCUUCCCUUAGGCCAUCACGAUUCCUUCUUGAAUUAACAGAUUGAUUAACAAACAAUUUAAUAGCUCUACUAAGGCUAUUAAAACUAUCCAAUUGCAAGAGGUUUGUCAAACUAUCCAGGGCUUUCAAGCAUUCCAUCUAUUCCUUAUUUUUCUGCUAAAGAUUCUCAAUUUUAUCCUUCUGAGAACCAAAUCUAAUAAUUCAUGAGCCAUGGUGGACUCUAGAGGAAUUCAAGCAUAAGAAGCACUCGAUCAAGGUAAGAUGAAGAUGAAAUGUAUAAAAUAGGCAUGACUGGUUUAGCGUCUCAAAAUCCUUCACUCAAAAAACCCAUCGGCAUCAAGCCAAUGGUAGGAAAUCACUCAAGCACAAACAAUCUGACUGAUCUGCAAAGAAAUGCCAGUAAAAAUGCAAUAGGAGGUGAAUUUGAUAACAAAUCUAUUUCUUUCUCUGCUGCAUAGAUUUAGAAUCUGCAUGAGACCUUAAAAAAUCUGAAAUACGAUGAUGACCUCUAAAGUCCAUCAUUGUUCGGAGGGAUAGAUAGGCAGCAAUCUGCCUCACAAUUUUUAAUAGGAGGAGAUAUGGGAGGUAUGCCUCCUAAUCUAGGUCUAAACAAAUCUAAUUCUUUUUUGAAUAACUGGAGUGGGUAGAAUAACUUUAUUCUUAACAGAGAAGCUUCAGCAUUCUAAACACUUAGAGUGAAGGAUGAAAAGUAGGGCAGCGAAACUCAGAGACCUUCACCAGAGCUUAAACUAGAUAAGAAUUUUGGAUCAUAUGUAAAGCAUGAGCAUGCAAGAUAUGAAGAUAAAACCCAAGCGAACGGCAGGAGAAGAUGA